AACCCGCCUGACGCACAGACAUCGAUCUCAUCUUUCCCAUUCAAAAACAGGUCUUCAAGUUGUAGUUGCCUGAAAAAGAUAAAUCAAGAGCCCGUUUUUUUGUUGAGACAUUACCCUACGACGAGUUUUUUUAUCACAGAGGUGAAAAAAUAUUCACAAGGACGAUCAAUUUCUGCAACGAACUGAGAAGUUGUCCCAUCGCAUCUGCUAAGCACUCAGCUACACGCAAAAAUAUUCUGACCAGUACUAUGUCGGAGGCAGCAACAGCACAACCGGGAUCUACUUCCGGAAAAAGCACCGAAGAGCAGAAGAUGGCCGCGCCAUCAAGCGCAAGCUCGCGUCCUGCCCCGCCGAGCAAAACAACUUCUACGGAGUUGCUGAGCCUGGAGAAAGCCAUCUCGGAGUCUGGCCUCGGAAGUGCACAGCUUAAAUCGAUUUCGCAGAAGUUGCUCCUCGAGGAUAUUGCCGUUCGAAAAGAUGACCACGUCGAUAAAAAAGCGGCAGAGAAGACCAUACUGAAAAAUCCAGCGACACUUGUUUCUUCAAACGACGUCGAGCAAAGCCAUUCCACGCCCAGCAGCCCCGCGGCGAAGCGGAGGAAACCCUGGAUGCAGAUGAAGAGCGAUGCGGUAUCCGGAGGUGACAGCACAAGCGGUAGCAAACAGAAAAACGAACCUGUCGAAUCCGACGAGUUCCUGACUUCGAUGAGCAAAUUGCAGAGCUUCCUGGCCACGCACGGAAAGGACCCCCUGGCGGGCCUGCCGCCGGCGGGGAGCGCCGCUGCGAAACAGGAGGCGGUACAGAUCGAGGCGCAGGAUCAGGAGGGAAGUGGUGGUUUAAAUGGCGGCCUUCUGGCGGGUGGCGUAAGUGGAUUGCUGAAUCAGGCAGGGGGAUCUUCUCUGUCAACUUCCCUGUUGGACCCCUCGGCGAUCACGGUUAUGAGCGACAACGAGGAUGACGACUCCUCUUCCGACGAGGCAGCCUCGACUGCCAGCCACACGCCGUCGUCGGGAAAAGACGCCGAAACAGCAGCUCCAGCUGGAAACCAGGCAUCCGCACCAGCCACGGAACUUGAUCAACCGGCAGCUACUUCUACGGAGUCGCAGGGACAAGAGCCGCAAGCUAAGCCAGUUGAAGAACCGCCAGCGGCGACUUCUGGGGAAAAAAACGAAAAUGAAGAUGAAGUCGAGCAGGAAACUGACGACGAUGAGAGCUGCCCGAUGGUAGAGAUGCAAUUGGGAUUGGGUGUUUUUGACGUGCACGGCAGCGUUCCGCUUGGUAUGCAAGUGCCGGAAAUCGUCGUGAAGCCUCCACCGGAGGAGGGCGGCGGGGAGAUCCGGCUGUCAUGAUCGCGCGAAAAGUUGUGAACCUCAAGAUGAACAAAGGACCGCUGCGGCUAUUCGAUUGAUGGUCUUUUUAUUCGAUUCGACAACAUCUAUCAUAAGAAAAUGAAAAAUGCUUAGAAAGUCGGAACCACUGGAGGGACGUCGAUGGAAAAAAUUUUUCUACUUGACGCCUCUUUGUGAAACCCAAGACCAUGCUGGCGAGCUGACGGCGCAGCGACAGCACAGUAGCUGCUGCAUGCAUUGUCGUGCUCGAUACGAGACCUUUCUUGCAUAAGUAUACUUCUGCGCAACUACCCUCUUGAUGACUACGAAAGAAAAU